AUGGCCUCGACUUCCAACAUAACGCUUCUUUACCUCAUCAAACACCACAGCCCUCAAGCUUUCAAAGACUAUCGGUUUGUCUUGUGAAUAAUUGCGAAUUACGUAAACAUUCAGGAUUUUGCUGGCCAACACCUAUAUUACUCAGCUAAUGGUUAUAAUCACAACGUGUUGCAUGCAGCAGAGGUUGAGAAAUCCGUAGAAAAGUCGAGCAAAAGGAAAAUUCGGAAAAAAAAAUUCCAUCAAAAAUUAUCACAGAAAGUUCCAUAUUUAAAACCAAGUAAUCCCUUUUCUGUGUGCUUUGCGCUUCACCCCUUUUUGCUCGGAUUUUUCGACCAAAAUUAUUUUCUCUUUGCCUUUGAGCGUCUUGAUUCUUCCAUUCCAAGAGAAAAGCAAUUUCUUCAGAUUCCUGGAAGCUAACAAUACGAUGGGACUUCUGCCUAUCGGUCCUGUCCGCUACUUGGGACCCUCGGCCAGCUUUGCUUUCUACAACUUUUACAACGGCUGCCAAGUGAACGUUUUGUGGUCUUUAAUGCUGUCGAUGCAUUUCCGUCGUUCGCUCAUCAAGAUGAAAGGCGUCACCAGAAAACAGCUUGUCCGCAACCUCGUCGUGUGCUAUAUUGCUUCUCUCAACCUUCUGGUAAGAAUUGAGCAACCAUUGCAAUGUUUAGGAAUAAUCUUCCUUUUUUAUUCAGGCUUACUAAAAAGUUUAGAAUUUUCUCGUAAGUAAUCCUUUUUAUUUUCAAAAUGAGCCUCUACAGUUAAAAUUUCAGCUGUCGCCGUAUAUCCCCGCUGUCGAUUUCGAACACGUCACCAAGCGAGUUAUUGAAGUUUGUGAGAAAGCUGGAUCCUCAUCCUUCUUGAAAUUGAAGGCGUAUCCAGAGUACAGACUAGAGUUCUAUGGCCCAAUCGGCGGCUUCACGUCUACCAGCGACUUGAUAUACACUUUCAACACGGCAAUCCUUCUCAGCAGCAUGGUCUAUCCGUUGCUCAUAUUUUACUGGAGGAGCAAAAUCUUGCAAACCCUGGAUCAAUCGCAGAGCUUUUCCGCGAAAACCGUAGAAAGCACAAAAAGAAUGAUUCACGUAUGGUUCCAUUCACACGAUCUGCAGUAUAUUUCAAUAUUUUUCCAGGCCUUGACUUUCCAAUCGAUGCUCAUUCUGCUGGCUUACUCCACUACAAGUAUUUACUUUAUCACGAUCCAGGUAACUGGAAUCGAAGGAACCUUGCGAAUGAUGAGUCAGAUAACAAAACGCGGAUUCACAAUCAUGGAGUACCUACACCUCGCCUUGGCCAGCUUUCCCUGUCUGGCAGACCCUCUCUCCACCAUCUACUUCGUGGCGCCCUACCGUCUUUGGGUCGAGAAGAAAGUUCUCCGCAUCCGCCACGCCAAGAAAACAACUUCGGACACCAACUCCUCUUUGCAUGUUUCGCGUAUCUCAAACACGUUGUAG